AUGACAGAUACAGCAAACUCCUUAGAGAAGGGCAGUGGGCAGCCCGAUUGGAUUAAGCCCAUCCCUAGGACGCCUGAGCCUGUCCUGCGGGUCUAUAACUCCAUGACAAAAUCGAAAGAUGUCUUCGUCCCUAUGAAUGGACGGUUGAUCAAGUGGUACAAUUGCGGUCCUACCGUCUACGAUGCCUCUCAUCUUGGGCACGCGAGAAACUACGUGACACAAGAUAUCAUUCGACGAAUAUUGACAGAUUACUUUGGAUACGACAUUCAUUUCGUUAUGAAUGUUACAGAUAUCGAUGAUAAGAUCAUCCAACGAGCCAGACACUUGUACCUAGUUAAGAGACUGCGCGAUCAGUCUAACUCUUUAGACGACUCUUUGAUAGCUGAUGUGAAGCGUGCCUUCGCGUCGUAUCUUCAAUCGAAGCUUGUCGGAUCACUCUCACCUGAAGACGUACCUCGGCGCGGGGAGGAAAAUGCUGUAUGGGUGGAGCUUUUCCAAAAAGCCAAGUCAGAUCCUGCAUGGACUGAGGCCGGGACAGAGCGUGAUGAAAAAUUCUCAAUGCAUAUAACCUCUCUUAACACUACAUUUAAUGCAUUGGAAGUCGCUACGGAAGACCUGUCAUCAGGCCGUACUGGAAAGGAUCGCGCAGAAGCCCUUAUCGAUUCUUCCUCAGACAUCCUUGGACCAUACUUGGACUCACAAUUCAAAGCAGAGGUGAAAGACCACAGCAUCUUCCGUUCCCUCGCUGCAUAUUGGGAAGGCGAAUUCAUGGCCGAUAUGAACCGCUUGAAGGUGGCACCACCCGACGCCUUGACUCGUGUGACAGAAUAUGUCCCCGAGAUUGUGACCUUUGUAGAGAAGAUAAUACAGAGGGGAUACGCCGUGUACUUUGACACCACGGCUUUCGAUGGGGCAAAGCGGGAAUGGAGCCAUUUCUAUGCCAAACUCAUGCCGUGGAAUAAAGGGGACAAAGAGCUGUUAGAAGAAGGCGAAGGUGCUCUGACAAGUGGAAAAGGGAAACGAUCCGCUGUAGACUUUGCCUUAUGGAAAGCCUCGAAGCCGGGAGAACCCGCAUGGCCAUCGCCCUGGGGUGAAGGGAGGCCAGGAUGGCACAUUGAGUGCUCCGUUAUGGCCACCGAGCUUCUAGGCGACAACAUGGACAUUCACUCCGGUGGCAUUGACUUGGCCUUCCCUCACCAUGACAAUGAAAUUGCUCAGUCCGAGGCGUUCCAUGAUUGUCGUCAAUGGGUGAACUAUUUUCUGCAUACUGGUCAUCUGCACAUUGAAGGGUUAAAGAUGAGCAAAUCGCUGAAAAACUUCAUCACCAUACGGGAAGCAUUGAACCUAUACACCGCUCGACAAUUGCGACUUGCAUUUCUUGGACACCUGUGGAAUGCCAAGAUGGACUUCAGAGGAAGUGCGAUAGCAGAAACGAAGGCUAUUGAGGCGACCUUUGACAAUUUCUUUACCGUUGUGAAAGCUUUAAUCAAUGAGGCUAACGUUUCGGAAAAAAAACUAGAGUUUCGUCACCAUUAUAACGCCCCAGAGCGAGAACUCACCGAAGCUUUACACCAGACACAGCAUGCGUUGAGAGAAGCUCUUUGCGACUCUUUCAAUACCCCAGAAGCUUUAGCACGACUUAAUUCCCUCGUGUCUCUCACCAAUGUUUAUUUAGGCAGGGGUCGUUCGAAUGUCAACAUCGACGUCGUCAAGAAAGUUGCUGCAUGGGUCACAAAGAUGUUGCGGGUAUUUGGUCUAGGAGAGGGACCACUACCCUUGAACGGUAUCGGCUGGGGCACCGUAAGUAGUUCACAAGAAACGGACGGGCCGAUUGAUCGGGAGGCGAUGUUGACGCCAUACAUCAGCGUGUUGUCUCGAUUUAGAGAUGAUGUGCGAAGAUUAGCGAUUUCCCAAGCCCCGGCUAAAGAGAUCCUUUCUCUAUCUGAUCGCUUGCGAGAUCAAGAUCUUGUCCCACUCGGAGUUGCAUUGGAUGACCAGGAAGAUGGGAGAGCUUUGGUUAAACUUGUUGACCCUGUGACUCUUGUGCGCGCACGGGAGGAGAAAAAUGCAGCAUUGGCUGAGAAAGCAGCGAAAAAAGCUGCUCAAGCUGAAGCCGACAAGGCAAAAAAGCUAGCUAAAUUAGAACGAGGAAAACUGGAUCCCCUAGACAUGUUCAAACCUCCCCACGAACCCGAAGGGACUUAUGGCAUUUGGGACGAAAAUGGACUGCCACUGACCGAUGCACAAGGGGUGGAGAUUCCCAAAUCACGCAGGAAGAAGUUAACAAAAUUAUGGGACGAACAAAAGAAGUUGCAUGCCGAUUACCUGGCAUGGACGAAGGCCCAAUCUACCGAGCCGUAA